CAACCAUUCAUUGCACGCCUCCUAUUCUCCUCCCCUCCCACCGCCCAAUCAACCCAGGGGGGAACACAUACAUCGCCGUACUCAUUCUCCAUCAUGGCGACCUCACGCGACGCCCCCAAUCCGCUGCGCCCUUACUACAUCCCGCCGUCCAUCGGACCACCCCCGGAACAAUCCUACAACACCACCACCGCCGCCUCCAGCUCUGCUCCACCAACAUCAAGAUCCUACACAUCACGCACCCCCAAACCAAGCUUUGGAAGUCAGGCGCGAGACAUCCUCUCUGACUUGGACUACGACUCGUACUUUUCUGAUAGCUCUCCGGGCGUAGCGGAGCACGCAAAGAAGCUACUCGAUCAAGCACUAUGGAACUAUACAUCGGUGCUGUUGGCGCAACCCUUCGAGGUUGCAAAAACGCUGUUGCAAGUACACCAGGCUGCAGGGCAGGCUCCGCCCGGUCUGCUGGUCAACGGAGAAGAGCUGAGAAGUCGUCCCAGCUCGUUUGCGAGCGGCAAGUUUGAAGAUUAUCCUUCGGACGAAUCAGACGAUGAUUCACCCAGCUUCUUCACCACCACUGCUCCACGAACACAUAGUCCGACCUACCGCAGAGGAAACUCGCGAUCGAGGAGCCCCCAGAAAAAGCAUAGAAAUACAGGAGGGCCGUCGCGAGAUAGCACUCCCACACAACCGCCUCGUCUCGCACCGCGGAAGUUAGACCUCAAGAGAGCAGACUCGUUACUCGAAGUCAUCGCACAGCUCUGGCAGAAGGAAUCGGCAUGGGGUGUAUGGAAAGGCACCAAUGUGACAUUUGUGUACAACUUUCUCCUCAAGACAACAGAAAGCUGGACUCGAAGUCUACUCUCUGCCCUCCUCAAUAUACCGGAUCCGGGUCUUAUAGGGAGCAGCGCGAGCGGCAUUGGAGGCCUCGAUAUAAUAGAUAGCCCAUCCCCAUUCAUGUCCCUCGGUGUCGCGGUAGCCGCAACCGCCAUCGCAGCAACCCUCCUCGCCCCUCUCGAUCUCAUCCGCACCCGUCUUAUAGUAACGCCCACCUCAACCCCUCCACGCACAAUAUACCCGUCUCUAUCUCUUCUUCCCUCCUUUUCUGUCUCCCCCACCAUCCUCCCCGCAACCCUUUUCCACGCCAUAGUCCCAACAGUACUGUCCUCCUCCACUCCACUUUUUCUCCGCUCCGCCCUGUCAAUCGACCCAAUCGUCACCCCAACCGCCUACUCUGUCUCCACUUUCCUUUCCUCCAUAACCGAGCUCUUCGUCCGCCUUCCCCUCGAAACCGUCCUCCGCCGUGGCCAAGUCGCCCUCCUCCAAGACCACGAAAAUGCCCGCCUGGAAUCCCAGUACCGACAUCACCCCACCGACGCCCCCCGCAGCCAAAAGAGCCCCAUGUACGGCAUGGAAGACGAAGAUCCUUCUGUCCGCAGCUUCAGGACUAUUGUAGAGCCUGGCGCGUAUCGUGGUGUGCUCGGCACCAUGUGGUUUAUUGUCAGGGAUGAGGGUGUCACCGUUGUUGGUCCUGGCGCUGUAAAAGCAAGUCGAGCUGGGGCUAAAGGAAUGCUGCAGCAGCAGCAGCAGCAGCAGCAGACUCCGGGAUUCUCAUCGCGUACUAGGAUACGGAAGGGGCAAGGUGUGCAUGGGCUUUGGAGGGGUUGGAGAGUUGGGUUUUGGGGAUUGGUUGGUGUUUGGGGGGCUGCUGCGCUUGGAGGUGGUGGCGGGGAGUUUUGA